AUGGGUCUCUUAUCGCUUGGAACGCCGCUCGUUUGGAACGAAGCUAAACAAUAUGCAGAACAUGUACGAACGCAUGGUAUUGAACAAUUUUUGAAUAUCUAUCGCAGUCAAAAGGAUAGACAGAACGCAAGCUUACUUUGGGGUGAUGAGAUUGAAUACUUGGUGGUUAAAAUUGAUGAGAAAGAAAAGAAAACGAAAUUAUCACUUCGAGCAUUUGAUAUCCUUGAUAAGCUAGAAAUACCAGAGCGUGAUUAUCAAUCGAAAAAGACAGACAGUAAGGAGCCCGAUGCUUUGUGGAGACCUGAAUAUGGUCGAUACAUGAUCGAAGGUACACCCGGUAAACCUUAUGGAGCUACCUUUCGUGAUCUAUUGUUAGUCGAACCAAAUAUGAAGUUGAGAAGAAAAUUAGCACAUGAGGCCAUGCAUGAAGAUGAAAUGCCUGUUACAUUGGUUAAUUAUCCACGACUGGGUUGUCCUCAUGAACUAGAGCCCGAUUAUGAACCUAACGGUAAAGCUUGCCAGAGUUUAUUUGUACCUGAUGAAGUUAUCAAUCCACACGUACGUUUCCCUACGCUGACAGCCAACAUUCGUCGUCGAAGAGGGUCCAAAGUAAAGAUCAAUAUGCCAAUCUUUCAUGACAAAAAUACACCCAGGCCUUUUAUUGACCCUACCAUUCCAUGGGACCGUGACUUGUUCGAUCAUGAUAAGGAAGCAAAGGAAGGUGCGGCAUUACCAGACCAUAUUUAUAUGGAUGCAAUGGCAUUCGGCAUGGGCUGCUGCUGCUUACAAAUCACAUUCCAGGCAUGUAACAUUGAUGAAGGUAGAAGGCUGUAUGAUCGACUAGCACCCGUGGCACCCAUUAUGAUGGCAUUAUCAGCCAAUUCGCCUAUUUUUAGAGGUUAUCUUGCUGACGUCGAUGCACGUUGGAACGUCAUAUCAGCCAGUGUGGACGAUAGAACACCUGAGGAAAGAGGCGAAAAGCCGCUUGAACAUGAUCGAUUUGUUAUCAACAAGUCCAGAUAUGAUUCGAUUGAUUCUUACUUAUCCAAUGAUGAAGAAUACAAACCCAAAUAUGAUGAUAUCGAUCUAGUAUAUGAUAGAAACAUAUAUGACAAACUUGUUCAAAAUAAUGUAGACGAUAAGCUGGCCAGACACAUUGCUCAUCUCUUUAUUCGUGAUCCACUGGUUAUUUUCAAAGAGUUACUAAACGUAGACGAUCAAAUUUCCUCUGAUCAUUUUGAGAAUCUUCAAUCCACAAAUUGGCAAACCAUGCGAUUCAAGCCACCACCACCCAACUCAACCAUCGGAUGGAGAGUAGAGUUUAGAAGUAUGGAAGUUCAACUAUCCGACUUUGAGAAUGCUGCCUACUCUGUAUUUGUUGUGUUACUGACAAGAGUCAUCCUCAGCUUUGGGCUCAACUUUUACAUGCCUAUAUCAAAAGUAGAUACCAACAUGCAAACAGCACAUAAACGAGAUGCAGUAUUGAAAGAAAAGUUUUAUUUCCGUAAAAACGUCUUCUCAAACAAGGGAGGUGACGAGUAUGAAUUGAUGACAGUGAAUGAAAUCAUGAACGGGCAAGAUGACGAUAAUGGAUUUCCUGGCCUUAUACCACUUAUUCACAGCUAUCUAAACAGUACAAAUAUCGAUAUAGAAACAAGAUGUAAAUUAAAUAACUAUUUGAACCUCAUCAGCAAAAGAGCAAGUGGAGAGUUGAUGACAGGUGCAGCUUAUAUUAGACAGUUCGUUAUGAACCAUCCUGCUUAUAGACAUGAUUCUGUUGUCUCACCCGAAAUUACUUUUGAUCUUGUCAAGCGUGCAGUCCAAAUUGGCACUGGUGAAUACAAGGCACCUGAAUUGCUAGGUGACCUUUGUGAUGAUUGA